UUACUAUCAGCAUAUCCCGAUCUCUACAGCAGUCGGAGUGGGAUGAAUUUUAACUCAACACACGACAACAUUGUACCUGCUUAAAGGAGACGUUAUCGAACUGAAACCAGCAACCAAGUCGCUGGAAUAGUAUUAAGAAAUCGCAAACGUAUGAAUUUUGAGAGAAUAUUUUUUUUCCCAAAGUGGCUUCAAAAAAGAAACUCCGAAAACAUAAUAAGUGGGGACUGCAGGCGUUUGUAGGAUUCUGUCAACCGUAUUUAAGAUCGAUAUAAGAGGAUUAAACGGCUAAGAUGUUCUGAUUAUCAGAAAAAUAGUAGCUUCCAAUUAACGCCAGCUGGUGAGCAGUUCCUUUGAAGUCGUUCGUCGGACAAGAAUGGCUUGAUUGUUUUUGUAUGAUGGGGAAAAAAUGACAGCAGCACUCAUGCUUCAGGCAAAGAAAAGGAAAGUUUGCUGCUUUUAAAUAGAAUAGGGCCUAUAUCAUUUUGUGAGAUACUUUGCCUUCAUACUUGUCGGAGAGACCACCUGUAUUUUUGUUGGAUUUUAUUCACAAUGUCCAAAGUGAUACAAAAGAAGAAUCACUGGACCACCAAAGUUAACGAGUGCGCGGUCUGUAAAGAUGCUCGCGGUGACUUGAAUGUGCCAUUGCUUGGUGGCGCGGAGAAUGGAGAGUUUGCUUAUAUCGGGCAAGUUAAUGAGGAUAUAGUGGUUUACCAAAAUGGAAAACUGUCGGAAGGGGAGUUAUUACUCGAAGUAGAAAACCUUUCGAUAUCUGGAUUGCCUCUAUACGACGUGCAGACAGUAAUAAAGAACUGCAAAGGUCCCGUCAGAUUGAAAACAGUCAGACAAGGAAACAAGCUGAACAAGGACCUGAAGCACUAUCUGAGCCAGCGCUUCCAGAAGUCCUCUCCUGACCAUGAGCUGCAGCAGACCAUCCGAGACAACCUGUACCGCCACGCCGUGCCUUGUACAACCCGCCCCCCGCGUGACGGAGAGGUCUCUGGAAUAGACUACAACUUCCUGUCUGUGGAGGACUUCCUGGACCUGGAGAAGAGUGGAACCCUUCUGGAGAUAGGAACGUAUGAAGGUAACUAUUAUGGGACGCCCAAGCCGCCCAGCCAGCCCCCUAGUGGGACAGUGAUUAGUGGUGAUGCUCUGCAAGACAGCCUGCCGAGCUCCCAGCACUCCACGCCCCGACGCACCGUAUCCUACAAUGAGAUGCAAAAUGCUGGAAUAGUGCCUGCAGACCUGGAGGAGGACGAGGACGUCCCUGAGAUGAACAGUAGCUUUACAGGAGACUCUAGUGAACUUGACGAGCACCCCUACCCCCGGCGCGAGAACGCCCCUUCCUACGGUGUGAACAACACCUCACCGUCAACCACGGACAGCACUCAGCAGACACACACACACCUCAGCCAUCCUCCCCCAGAGGACCCCCUGGGCCCUCUGCCCGACAACUGGGAGAUGGCCUAUACUGAGAACGGAGAGGUCUACUUCAUAGACCACAACACGAAGACCACAUCCUGGAUUGACCCUCGUUGCCUGGACAAGCCGCAGAAGCCCCUGGAAGAAUGUGAAGACGAUGAAGGGGUACACACAGAGGAGCUGGACAAUGAACUAGAACUGCCGACAGGCUGGGAGAAGAUAGAAGAUCCAGUCUACGGGGUCUACUAUGUUGAUCACAUCAACAGGAAGACCCAGUAUGAGAACCCGGUCCUGGAGGCCAAGCGCAGGAAGCAGCUGGAGCAGCAGCCACCAGAAGGUGAGCGCUACAUCCGAGAAUGGAUAGAGGAUUCCAGCUUGGCAGUAGCCCCUCUGGCCAACUACGCCACCAACCACCAGGAGACAUACAGAGAGCCACAGACUGGCCCCCCGCUGCCCCCCUCUGCAGGACCCAAACGAGGGAAGCCGUUCUUCACGCGGAACCCGGCGGAGCUGAGUGGAACCUUCAUCAACACCAAGCUGAAGAAGAGCCGCCGGGGGUUCGGCUUCACCGUCGUCGGGGGCGACGAGCCCGACGAGUUCCUGCAGAUCAAGAGUCUGGUUCUGGAUGGCCCGGCCGCCCUGGACGGCAAGAUGGAGACAGGCGACGUCAUCGUGAGCGUCAACGACACGUGUGUGCUGGGCUACACCCACGCUCAGGUGGUGAAGAUCUUCCAGACCAUCCAGAUCGGCUCCAUGGUCAACCUGGAGCUCUGUCGGGGCUACCCGCUGCCCUUCGACCCCGACGACCCCAACACCAGCCUGGUCACCUCCGUGGCCAUCCUGGACAAGGAGCCCAUCAUCGUCAACGGCCAGGAGAACUACGACUCGCCCUCCAGCCACGGCAGCCAGAGCGCCCUCGGCGGCGGGCCGGUUAACGGCAUGAGGGAGCCCCGCCCCCACAGCCCCUCGGCUGACGUGUCGUCCAACGGCUCCCAUGGUUACCCCAGCGACGUGGUGAGCAUGGCGUCCUCCAUCGCCACCCAGCCGGAGCUCAUCACCGUGCACAUGGAGAAGGGAGACAAGGGCUUCGGCUUCACCAUAGCAGACAGUCCCGGGGGCGGGGGCCAGAGGGUGAAGCAGAUAGUGGACUACCCCCGCUGCCGGGGCCUGAAGGAGGGGGACAUUAUCGUGGAGGUCAACAAGAGGAACGUCCAGAGCAUGAGCCACAACCAGGUGGUGGAUCUACUCAGCAAGUGUCCCCGAGGCAGUGAGGUCACUAUGCUGGUGCAAAGAGGGGUGGCUCCUGCAAAGAAGAGCCCAAAACUGGACGAUGACAAUGACGAGCGUUAUCGUUUCGAUGACGAGCGCUCUCUCUAUGAGGACGAGGAGCGCUUUCAGUUUGAUGAUGAAAGCAAUUCCGAUGAUAACUCUGUGGAUUUUGAGCUCCGUCCUAGCCAGUAUAAUGGCAUGCAGUUGGCGAGGAAGGACAGUCAGAACAGUUCCCAGCACAGUGUGUCCAGCCACCGGAGCACGAGCCACACCGACUCUCCUGUCCACCCCUCCCUGGCCGCGCCCCACAGCGAGAGCGUGCCGCCUGCCCCCUCCCAGGCCCUUCCCGGGCUGCCAACCCAAGACAUCCCUGCCGACGGCACCAUCCAAAGGAAACCAGACCCCUUCAAGAUCUGGGCCCAGUCCAGGAGCAUGUAUGAAAGUAGGCUGCCAGACUUCCAGGAGCAGGACAUCUUCCUGUGGAGGAAGGAUACAGGCUUCGGCUUCAGGAUCCUGGGAGGCAACGAGCCAGGAGAACCGAUCUACAUCGGGCACAUAGUGAAGUACGGCGCCGCGGACGAGGACGGCCGCCUGCGCUCGGGGGACGAGCUCACUUCUGUGGACGGCACGGCCGUGGUGGGCAAGUCACACCAGCUGGUGGUGCAGCUGAUGCAGCAGGCCGCCAAGCAGGGCCACGUCAACCUCACAGUGCGCCGCAAGACGGGCUACGCAGCGUCUAAAGGUGACGGCGAGGUGCCCCCGUCCCCGGCCUCCUCCCACCACAGCAGCACCCAGGCCCCCUCCCUGACGGAGGAGAAGCGGACCCCCCAGGGCAGCCAGAACUCCCUCAACACCGUCAGCUCCGGCAGCGGCUCCACCAGCGGCAUCGGCAGCGGGGGGGGCGGGGUGCCCGCGGUCAACACUGCCCUGCAGCCGUACGACGUGGAGAUCCGGCGCGGCGAGAACGAGGGCUUCGGCUUCGUCAUCGUGUCCUCCGUGUCCAGGCCCGAGGCGGGGACCACGUUCGGGCGCAUCAUCGAGGGGAGCCCAGCGGACCGCUGUGGGAAGCUGAAGGUGGGAGACCGCAUCCUGGCUGUUAACAGUUGCUCCAUCACCAACAAGUCCCACUCAGACAUCGUCAACCUCAUCAAGGAGGCCGGGAACACCGUCACUCUGAGGAUCAUCCCGGGAGACGAGUCCUCCAACGCAUCCCUGCUCACCAACGCUGAGAAAAUCGCCACCAUCACCACCACUCACACGCCCCAGCAACAGGCAGCACCUGAGGCUAGAAGCAACACCAAACCAAAACAGGAGUCAUUUGAGUUCAAGGCCCCACAAGCCCCUCCUCCCCCGGCCCCGACACAACCUCCAGCCCAGGACACUGAGCUGUACUCCGUCGACCUGGAGCGAGACAACAAAGGGUUUGGCUUCAGCCUGCGAGGGGGCCGUGAGUACAACAUGGACCUGUACGUCCUGAGACUGGCCGAGGACGGAGCCGCCGUCCGCAACGGCAACAUGAGGGUCGGAGAUGAAAUCCUGGAGAUUAAUGGCGAGAGCACCAAGGGCAUGAGGCACGCCCGUGCCAUAGAACUGAUCAAGAACGGGGGGCGGCGUGCCCACCUGGUCCUCAAGAGGGGAGACGGUUCGGUUCCGGAAUAUGACAUCGGCGUCGACGGCACCGUCGACCCAGCCGCCAGGGUACAAAACGCUUCGGAAGUAAGUGCCCAGCCCUCUGUUGAAAGCCGAGCCAACGCACCAACAGAGUCCAGCUACAAACCAGACCCCAAACAACCAUCCCGCAGCAAAGACACCAAGAAGGAGGACAAGAGCCACUUCCAUCCCAAAAGCCGCCAGCGCUCCCCUGAAAAGAGCAAGGGCAAGCGCAAGGGGGACAAGUCCAAAGGGGAGACGGGCGGGAGCAAGCAGCCGAAGAAGAAGACAGAGAAGGGGAAGACAGAGAAGGGGAAGACGUCGAGCGGAGGCCAGCACCACCAACACCGUUCCCCGGAGAAGGGCCGCAGCCGGGGCCGCAGCCGGGCCCGCAGCGCCGAGAACACCCUGGACAGCCGCCACGGGCAGGGGCACGGGUACGAGCGCUCCCCCGCCAGACGCCAUCGUUCCCCCGGCAGACGCCAUCGCUCUCCUCAACGCCACCUCUCCCCUCAACGCCAUCGCUCUCCCCAGCGUCACCGCUCUCCCCAGCAUCACCGCUCUCCCCAGCGUCACCGCUCUCCCCAGCGUCACCGCUCUCCCCAGCGUCACCACUCCCCCUACAGGUCUCCUCACCAGACCCGACACCAAUCCCCUGCCAGGCGUCGCGCCCGCUCCUCAGACCCGUACCGCCAGCCCUCCCCGGAGCAGGGCCAGUGGAAGCCCAGCAGUGAUGUGGCAGGAGCCCGGCCGCCAGGCCCCAAGCCCAGCUUCCUGUUAGAGGAGGAGAGUAUUCUGCGGGAGUCCCCAGCCCUCGCCCGCCUCAACAGGGAGGUCCCACGGCUGCCUGAGCCUGGGGACAGCCGGCUUCUCAGGACCUCGUCCCUGGAGCGCUCCUACAGAGAAGACACCCUGCUGAGAGACCUGGCCCGCUCCCCGAGAGAGCCCUAUGGAGAGAGAUACCUGCCCCGGGUACACACUCCCGACUCGGACUCUGCCUACAAGCGGUACAGCUCGCUGCUGAGGGGAAGCUCGCCCUCCAGGGAGUCUCCCCCCGAGUCACGCUACCGAGGGCGGAGCCUGGGCAGGGACAUCUCACCGGUCGCAAGCUUGAGACGUGGCGGGGAGGAGGAGGGAGCGCCGAGGCUGAGGGAGUACUACAACACGCUGAGAUCCAGCGGUGGGCGUUCGUCCAGGCCCACCCUCCCUGAGCCCCAGAGGAAGACCUACAAGGAGAGCCCCAAAGAUCUGAGCAUCUGAUUGGACCUCCCCCAAAGAUCUGAGCAUCUGAUUGGACCAUACGUAAUGCAUCUUGGCUCAUUCCAUUCAGCUCAGAACCACCUCAGCGGGAAAAACACACGGACCUUGGAUUAACCUAACUUAUUGAUUAUGACAUUCCUGUGUUCCUUAUCAGACAGCGAAUAUAAAACUACUUUUAACAGCUGAAGUAGGAUCUAUUUUUUUCCUGUUGGUUUUUAUUAUUUUCGGGUUCUUUUCCUCUGUUCCUGGGUAAAGCAUUCUACACGUAUCUGACUUUUACAGAAAAUGUAAAACCAUAAAAAAACUGAUGUGCCUAACAGUUCUAUUGAAGAGCGUUUUUAAGUUACAUUUUUGUUUGAUUGAGGUGUUUCUCUGACACCUGAUGACAUGUAUGUACUUUUCCACACAGAGCCCAUGGAAGCACCUCAGUCACCUUGUCCUGUGACUGGUGCCAACACAGAUGCUGUGCAUGUCUUUACAGUUUCAAUGUCUUCUAUUAUUUUGGGUUCUCUCUCUUUUUUCCUCUCUCCCCCAGUGCCACAGUUUUUUAGACAUUUGACCAGACUAUAGCACAAGCCUGCAUUUGUUUGUAUAUUUUUUGACAGUUUGCAGUAUGUGUACAUUCAGAGGUGAUCAUUUUAAAUAAAUGAAGGGAAAUUAAAAAGUUGAACUAUGAUGAUGACAAUGUUACAAUAAAAAAUAAUAUAUUAAACAGA